AUGUCCGUCAGCAGCCACGAGAAUCGGAAAUCCCGCUCGAGCUCCGGCUCCAUGAACAUCCACCUCUUCCACAAACCGGGCCACGCCGACAGCCUCCUCACCCACCUCAACCUGCUCCGCAAGCGGCACCUCUUCACCGACGUGGUGCUACGGGCGGGCAACCAGGCCUUCCACUGCCACCGCGCCGUCCUGGCCUCCUGCAGCCGCUACUUCGACGCGAUGUUCAGCGGGGGCCUGAAAGAGAGCAGAGACGCCGAAGUCAACUUCCACGAUUCCCUCCACCCUGAGGUGCUGGAGCUGCUGCUGGACUACGCUUACUCGGCCCGGGUGCUGAUUAACGAGGAGAACGCGGAGUCCUUGCUGGAGGCUGGGGACAUGUUGCAGUUUCAGGACAUUCGGGAUGCUUCGGCCGACUUUCUGGAGAAGAAUCUCUACCCCGGGAAUUGCUUGAACAUGCUGCUGCUCUCCGACGCCCACUGCUGCGAGCGGCUGUUGGAGCUCUCCUGGAGGAUGGCGUUGGCCAACUUCACCUCUCUCUGCAAGACCGAAGACUUCCUCCGCCUGCCCAAAGACAAGCUGCUGGACCUGGUGGAGAGCGAAGAGCUGGAGGUAGAGGAUGAGACGCUGGUCUACGAAGCUGUUAUAGGUUGGAUCCGGUACGAUUUGCCCCGACGCCAUGAAGUUCUGCCAGAGCUGCUGCGCUCCGUGCGCCUGGCCCUUCUGCCCGAGUCCUACCUGCGGAAACAAGUGGCCUGCGAGAAGCUGGUGACCAGCCACCAACUGGGGGAGGAGAUCGUGGCUGACGCCGUACGAUGCAAAAUGAAGAUCCUGCAAAACGAUGGCCUCGUGACAGGGUGCUGCGCCCGACCCCGCAAGGUCAGCCAGGCCCUGCUGCUCCUGGGUGGCCAAACCUUCAUGUGCGACAAGAUUUAUAUGCUGGAUCAUAAAACCAGCGAGAUCAUUCCUCGUGCCGACAUCCCAAGCCCUCGUAAAGAGUGCAGUGCCUGCGCCAUCGGGUGCAAAGUGUACAUCACUGGUGGCAAAGGCUCCGAGAACGGCGCCUCCAAAGACGUCUGGGUUUACGACACCCUCCAUGACGAGUGGGCAAAAGCUGCUCCCAUGCUGGUGGCGCGGUUUGGCCACGGCUCCGCUGAGCUGGACCACUGCCUGUACGUGGUGGGGGGUCACACAGCCGUGAGCGGUGCCUUCCCGGCCUCGCCCUCCGUCUCUCUCAAGCAAGUCGAACACUACGACCCGCAGAUGGACAAAUGGUCCUUGGUGGCCCCUCUCCGAGAAGGCGUAAGCAAUGCCGCCGUGGUGGGAGCCAAGAUGAAGCUCUUUGUUUUCGGUGGCACCAGCACCAACCAGGAGAAGCUGCCCAAGGUGCAGUGCUUCGAUCCCUGCCAGAACCGCUGGACGGUGCCCGCCAGCUGCCCCCAGCCUUGGCGGUACACGGCCGCCGCUGUGGUGGGCAGCCACAUCAUCGUCAUUGGAGGAGACACGGAGUUUUCCGCCAGCUCUGCUUACCGUUUCCACAGUGACACCUACCAGUGGUCCAAAUUUGGGGACGUCACCGCAAAGCGCAUCAGUUGCCGUGCUGUUACAUCGGGUAACAGACUGUACGUAGUGGGGGGCUACUGUGGGGCUCAGCGCUGCAAGACGCUGGACUGUUACGAUCCAUCAUCCGACACCUGGAGCAGCGUCACCACGGUGCCUUAUUCCCUCAUCCCCACCGCCUUCGUCAGCACCUGGAAGUACCUUUCUGCCUGA